UAGAGUUAUAUUAAGGUUCUUAAAUGAUAUACUUUUUUAAAGUUGAAAUGAUUGUAGUCUUUUCUAACUUCAAGGGAAAGCAAAUCAUACUUUCAGUGACAUUUAAGUAGCAGUGAUAUUAAUAUUAUUAAGAUGCUAUAUACAGCUGAUGAAUGGGAAUAAAUGCUGUGUUUAUACCGUUUGAUAAUCAUGUAUUCUUAAAAUAUAAACAGCUUGAUUGUGUACAGACAUUGUGUACGAAAACUAGUUAAGCUGUGUAAUAAAGUGCAAUGUUCUAAUAUACAUGUGAAGUGUAGACUAUCAUCUUGGGAAGAUGCACUCUAGAAAUUCUAUAUAUGAUCAUGUACUGCAUUUUCAUUGUGAAUGCAUCCAUUAUGUGUGGUUGUUACUGCUAAGCUGAAGUCCAGUUACAUUGCCAUUUGUUCUUUAAGAUUAAAUUUCUUAUCAUUUUGGUAACAUGCAUUUGAUCUGUGAUUUUCAUUUUCAUUUUCUUAGAAAGUAUUUUUUUUAUUUAAGGAGAAUGAUCAGGAAUUCCUUUUUGUAUAUUUUUUAUUAUCAGCUUUUUUGGGCCAAAGUUAUUUGGUUUGAUACUUACUUACUCCAUAGGUUUUCUAUAUUUAUCUCACAUUAGUUUUAUCUUGCCAUGUAAAUAUUCCUUUGUAAACCGUAAUCCUUAGCUUCUUGAAUUAAUGCUAGCUACUCUUAUUACUCACAUUAUCACAUGUAUAGUACCAAAUUUCUUUUCUCCCUGCUUGAGUGAACUUUUGAACUUUUUCUUAACAGUAGGAUACAAGAGAAACUGCAGUGCUACCUUCAAGUGCCAUGCUCCCAUGUUACAGUUUAAUGUUAGUUACUACCUGUAAUUAUUUAUAUAUUUGCAUAAUGCUGACUGAAAUUGACAUGCUUUAGCCUCUAGUCUUUUGUUUUUUUCUCAUUUCUGGGUGGUGUGUUAUUUCCAUGCACUGCCUAUUUCUUAGUUACUGUUUGGACCUUAGGUUUUUCAUGAACAUUUUCAAGGCUUUUCUUUUAGGUACCUUGAUGUUUGUGAAUGUUACUUGUGUGGGUUGUUUUGAACAAGGCACCAGUAAUGGUUAUGAGGAUUCAGAGUGCCUUUUAUUAUGGUUAUGUUUGUCACCAUAUUUAUAUUUAGUAAAGGAAUUGGUAUGAAGUUUUCAUUUUUUCUCAGACGUUGAGAAACAUUGAUCUGUACUACUACACUUGUGUUUGCUUGACUCCAUACAUUGACAGUUACAUUUUGUUAAUAUUGUUAAACCUAUUAAGAGUUUUUAUUAUGAAUCAUGAAUGAAUGACUGCAAAGAUUGCUAUGUAAAUUUUAAUGUAUUUACUGGGCAUAGCCUAGAUGAUAAAAGUACUGUACUGUAUAUAAAUAACUUUUGUCAAGUUGUCUUAUUUCUUAGACACUAACAUGCUAUUUAACUUUCAUGUUAGAGUAAUAGCAGAUACAGUAUAAUUUUAUUUUCGUGGAGAUAAGAUUAGUCUUAAACCUUGUAGGCCCAUGAACAUAUCUCUGGCUGGAUGUGGAUUCUUGGGGGUUUACCUGAUGGGUGCAUUGGAUUGUCUCAAGCAGUUUUCACCACACUUCAUCCAGAAAGCCCAAGUAUUUGGUGUGUCUGCAGGAGCUCUCCUUGGAGCAUCAGUAAUAUGCAAUGUUCCUCUAGAUGGUGUCAGAUUUGGUUUUCUUCGUAUUGCAGCUGAGGCACAAAAUUGGGUAAUGGGGCCUUUCAGUCCUGGAUUUAAAUUUGAUGAAUAUUUGUGCAAGGGCCUAGAAAGCCUGCCUCCUGAUGCCCAUGUUAGAGCAAGUGGUCGUCUUUAUGUUUCACUCACCCGUGUUAGAGACAUGAAAAACAUUGUAAUAUCAAAAUGGGACACCCGAGAUGAUCUCAUUCAAACGUUAAGGGGCUCAUGCUUUAUCUUAGGCUACUCUGGAAUGAAACCUCCUUUGUUCAAUGGCGAAAGGUAUAUUGAUGGCGGUUAUAGUAAUGCCAGUAAAGGAUUGUCUUUAGAUGGUAGGGUUAUCUCUGUUAGCCCAUUUUGUGGAGAUGCUGACAUUUGCCCAGAGGAAGAUCAAGGAGUAGGAAAACUGAAGUUUUCUAACAUACCCAUGGAUGUUUCAUUUUCAAAUGCUGUUCGAUUUUAUAGAACUUUAAUGCCACCACCACCACACAUUCUGAAUGAAUAUUAUCAUUUUGGGUAUUUAGAUGCUUACAGAUACCUAAAGAAACAAAGAGCCAUGCUGCAUGGGCUUUGAAUUUUUUCUUUUUUUAUUCAAAGAAAAUUUUUUACCAAUUUGAUAUGUAAAUAGUGUUAAUGUAUAGUUUUUUUUAUAGAAAGUCAUUCAUUCAUUCAUUCAAGUUACUGGGUGGGUAGUACUGCUGAACCUCUAUUGAUAAGUGAUUCUAUAUAUAUUACUGUAUCUUUUUGUAUGUCUGUUAUUAAAUGGGCUACCAAAUGUUCCUUGAUAGUCAUUAAGUUACACUACAUUGUCAAAAAGGAGGGAGGAUGAUGAAAGGGAAUUGCAUUAACAUUAAAGAGGUAGGGUGCUGUGCAAGUUAUAUAUUUUAUAUUAUUAGAUAUAAAUUUCUAUGAUAAAUACAGUAGUACUGAGUUAAACCACAGAGUAUAAGUAAACUUUUAUGAGAUCUUUGAGACAUUCAAGUGUGAGACAAAUUACACUUUAUCACAAUGUGUGAUUCCCCAAAAUAUUUUAUGAAACCUCACUCACACUCAUGGUUUACUAACAGAUUUAACUGUCAGUAUGUAAUUCAUUUGUUUGUUCGUUUUAACUCUACUGCCUUAUUGGAUAAACUUGAAUUAUGUGCUUUAUUCCUACACAAUAGACAAAUCCUCGGUUCUUUACAUUAGAAAUUACUUUUGGUGAAGCUGGAAAAUGGCCACCAAACUCUUGAACAAGAUGGUUCAGCAGUAUGUAACUACUGUCUGGUAGUUAAGGAUACCCGCUUGCCUGGAUGUAGGCAUUUCAGUUUGCUUUUGGCUUCCAUACAAUGCAGGCCGUUGUUAAGCUCAAUUUUCCCAGUGGGAUCUUUUCUUACUUUUUUAUAUAUUGUAUUUACUGUGUAAGAUAUUUAUUAAUAUACAAAUCCAUGAUUUGUGAGAGCCUUUCAGGCUGCCUUCCCCCAGCUCAUGCGUUUCGGGGCUGGCAGCCAAGGGCAUAACAUUGGCCUCCAUCACAUCCUCAUGCCCUCUGCUUGUAAGGGCACAACAGUAUAUCUUUUAUGAGUAUUUGUGGAUGUUGUUCUUGCCACGUGCUGUUGGAGAGUUUGCCGGGAGGAAACUUCGGAGAAGGGUUGUCAAGUGUCGUUGGAAGUUUUUUUUGCUUUUGACAGUGCCCUCAGUAGCCACCCCUUCAUCCUCAUUUCUCUCUCCCAGUAAUUUUUCCUUAUGGCAUUCUCUCCUUCAGGAAUGACCUAUCCUUUGCACUCUUCGCUCGCUUUUUUGGCAAAAAGAGGGAGGGGAAUGGUUGGUGGUAAGGCGACCUCUUUGGAAGGGCCUCCUCCCACUUAGUAGGGUAAUUACCCUCAGAGCAAGAGGAGUCCUCAUCUAAUAAUCUUCUUUGCUUUUUUCUUCAGGUUUACAGUGAGCAUCGUAGGCACAGCAGUAGAUGGCUGGAUUGUUGUUGUUGGUUUUCCUUUUCUUAGGAUUUUCAACUUUGGCAUUCCUGUAUGCUGUGGCACUGCCUUGCUGUAUCUGUAGUCUAUCUGCUCCUGCUCUGCCUCCUAUUUUGAUUGCUCUUGUUUCCCUGAUGACCAGUCAUGGGACAGUUCCUGCUGUGCCUCCUGCCCCAGCUGCCCUGAUUACCCCUGUUGUUACUGAUGUUCCUGUAGUUAUUGUCGGCCGGGCUGCUGCUGUAUGUUCUCCUGCGCAGCUGCCCUGGUCCAUCCUGUUGCUAUUCCUGUAGAUGUUGAAGAGGAGUUUGAGGAAAAAUUCCUGUGAAGUGAGCCCCUUUUUCAAACUUAUCCUUGCCUGCAUCUUCUGCUGCCUUCUCCCCUUCUUCUUCCAAGGCUCAUCAGUCAUCCUCUUUUUCUUCCAAGGUUUAUCAGUCAUGGAAGAAUAAGGUUGCUUCUCUUCCCCCUAAGAAGUUCCUUCAUGGAACUUCUAAGGAGCUGCCUCCUUUCGGGGAAGCAGUGGGUUCUUUCGUCAGCUCUUCCCGGCCUUUGGGCUUGGGAACUGAACAGCAUCCCUCACAGGGUCUUGCAUUUUCAGGAGCCAUCAGGCACGCAGACUUUGGUUUGCACUCCACAGCCAGUCCUUUGAAGUCCACUUCUAAGACUGGUGCUGUGCCAGGGUGUAAGCCUAGCCAAGGCCUCCAAGUGCUUGAUUUUCUAUGAAGUCUCUAGCAUCCUGAGCUAGUGUCAGAGAGACCUCUCACUGUCCCCGUUCAGGUACAGGGUGAGAGAAAAGCCAGAACAUGCAAGCGUUCUGGCUCUCCCUGCCAGUACUUUACCAGUACGUACUUGGCCAGGACCUGGUUUGGUGCCUUAGUCUCUGACCGAGCACUUGGUGCCACAGUCUUGGCUGAGCACCUUGAGAAGCAGUGAGGAGAUUCCCGUAAGAAGUCCUACUGGACUUAUAAGGGACUGCCUCUUUUCAGGGAAGGAGGAUUCUCUUGUUGGCUCUUCGUACUCAUAAGGCGGGAGCCAAUUCACAUUCUCCUCUGGAAUCUUGAGGGUGCACUUGGUCUCUGACUGAGCUCCUGGUGUUUCAGUCUCGACCGAACACCUAGAGACAAUGUUCUCUCUACUCUUCUCUCAUAGGUCUCAAACCGUUUCACAUUCUCCUCUGGAGUCUCACAUUUUGGGAGUCUUGAGUCUUGAGGGCACAGAUUCCUUUAAGAAGCCCUACCUGACUCCUAAAGAACUGCCUCUCUGUGGGAAGGCAGGAUUCUCUCGUUGGCUCUUCCCGCUCAUAGGGUGGGAGCCGAUUCGCAUUCUCCUCUGGAGUCGUGUGUUUUGGCCACACUCUUGGCUCCAGUUUUAGAAGUCUGUCUAAGAGUGGUGCUGUGACUAUCUCUUCUUGGCUUCUUAUUAAGCCAAAUGGAGACCGCUCCCAAUGAUAAUUUUUUACAAGAUUCGGGAGUUUUGCCGGGCACUUGAAUUCCUUGGAAUUGCGAGCACUAGACUGGAGAGUUUUUUCAGCUCCAUAGAUUCUGUAGAAUCUCAGGCCUUUUCCAAACCAGUAUCAGAGGGUUCACUCUUCAGUCUGGUUUAUUCACAGAACGAGAGCAGGUGCCGAGAUGUGAGGUGUUUCGACACCACCUGCCGACUCUGCCGUCAGGUCCCAUCUAUUAUGUCUUGAAUCUUAAGGUCCAUAUAUGCAGGAUUCCCCUUUAAUCUUUUUUCUCAAGGGGCUUCGCCCUCGAAGGAGAUUAGAGUACUUAGGGAUGACAUUAAUGGUUCUUAGCAGACGAGUCUCAUCUUAGCUUCAUUUGCAUGCCAACCAGUACCCUGAUUGCAUUCGCGCCAUCAGCUGGGUUAGACUCAGCUUGCUUGCUUGGUUCGACUUGGCUCGUUUGCUGCCUGAUGGAUCAACCAAAUCGAAUACUCAGCUCUGUUUGAGUGACCUUUUCGCUUUCCUCAGGUUGGUGCUUUGCCGUGGUAUAAGCUCCCUCCUUCCACGCACUGUUGUCAUCAUAGGUUGAUGACACUCCAUGGUUACUCCUCCUCCUGGUUCUAGCAGAACAGGUAGGAGUGCCUGAAGGACACCGCUAUGGUAUCCCUCCAGGCAAUCCCCUAUGAAAUUUUCCCCCUACCCUGCACCAGUCAGCAACCUAUGGGCAAUUCUGGUCCUAAGAAAAGGACAUUUUCCUAAUUAGGAUCUCCAGUUUUGUAAGUCCUGAAGUUGUCUUGACCCUUAGGAAUGAAUCAGUUCCUUGAUGAUAGUCAAGGAACAUGCCAAGGGGUCUGCCAUGUCCUCUGGGCAAAGCUAAAAAAGUCAGGCUUCGGAGGACAAUCUUGAAAUAGCCAGCCUUCUUUUUCUUCUGAGAGUGUGUGCACAUUCAUGUUUCUCUUUCCAUGUUUCUCUUUCAACCUUCUUUCCAGUCAGGAAGAAGGCAGAAGGAAGGACUUAGAAAAGAAUACUCAUAACAGGCGUUCUAAUGGUACUACUUGAAAGAAGAGUAGUCUGUUGAGUCUCUGGACUUGAUAAUGACAUAGCCCGGACCCGGUAUAGGUAUCCUUUUGAAGUAUCUGCUUUCUUCCGGGUCUCGGCCAUCUUACAUUGAACUUCUGCCUCUUCUGUGUUCCCAUCUUGGGAACAGCCAGUUCAGCUAAAAGCUAGUCAUCUUCGGUGUCUUUUCGCCAUAGAUGCUUUGCCUUUGCUCUCUUCAUUAGAGAAGGAUGGUGGUCUGCUUCCAGUCCCUAAUCCUUUUCUUUUCUCUCUCAAAUGAUGAGGAAGGAAUUAGACUGGUGCUUGAUCAACAGGAGCCUUUGAAUAUACUUAUAUAAAUUUUCUUCGCAGCAUGCGUCUGUUAUCAGAUGCACUGACUGAGAUAAGUACUUUCUCAUCAAAAUCCUGAAACUCAAGGCAGCCUUUUUGACCUCUUGGGAAUAUCCAGAUUUGAUUUUGAGGCACUUAGUAGAUUUGUUAAACAACAACACCACAGUAGUGGCAUUUAUCACCAAAUAAGAGGGUUUUAAUUUCCCUCCUGUUUCAGUUAACAUGUACUAAGUGCCCGAGUGUAAUUAUUGUACACUUGCUCUAUCGGCCAAAUACAUUUUGGCAUGAAAUGUACUGGCAAGCAAAUCAGCCUCUGGAUUUGAGUGACGGGCAGAGUGUUACUUCCUCACAGAUAGAUUGUUCAUCUUAGUAUUGUUUCUCCUCAGUCGAGGCCUAACUACUUAAUGAGAAACCUCACUGUCUUGUCGUCACAAUGAUCCAAGGUCCAUAGGCUGUAGUAUUUGACUCUCGUUUAGGGUUCCUGUCUCAUGCUACAUAAACACCCCUGCGAGGAUCAUCAGACAGAGAUAUGUCUCAGAAGAUAUCCUAUCAUCUUUCUGUUUACCGACCAGUACAACAGAAGUCUGUAGGUCGUCUGCUCCAUCGCACCUGACCCAUGGGCCACUAUGAUCGAUCAGAAUUACUUUUUCAGACAAACUUGACAGUUUUUGUCUUCUCUCUACCUUUAUUUUUUAACAAGGUAUUCAACAAGCAUUGUUUACCCUGAAUUGAAAAUAAAUUACGGAAGACUCCGCCUGUCACCCGACUGGUCAGCUCUGCUUCCAAGGUAAUGCUACUGUGUCAGUGACACAGUAGCAGUCCCUCAGGCAGUAAGAUCCCUGUGUCCUCACAGCUAAAAGACUGUUCAGCUUUCUUUGCAAGCACAGGUUUUCUUGCCAAGCAGCAAUGGAAAUACAUAAUGGGAUAGUAACUAUUUUCUGUCCUCUGUAACUUUCCAGGGAUUGGAGCUGUCUUCGCUAGUUGAUGUCAUUGAUUGGACUUUUUCUCUGGUCAGAGCCGCAAGAGUUGCUUCUCUCUGAUUUAAUUGGGAAAGACAUAGGUCCAUAUUCGGCUUAGUCUUUCACAUGGAAGUACAUAGUAUGUAAUGUUUCUCUUUAGUCAAGAUUCAACUACCGAUGAGAAACUUCUCUCUGUCUUGCCAUCACAGGGAUCCCAGGUCUCUAGACAGCAUUCAACUCUCAUUUAGGGCGCACACACCCAUGCAAGAAUCAUCAGACAGAGAUUUGCCUCUUAAACCUGCAUCUCGUAUCACUCUGGCAUUGGCGAAGAGGAUAGAUGAUUUGCAUGGACCUUCUUCAAUUUCACCCUUCACAAGGCGGGUAUCGAUGUCUCGACUCUGUCUCAGAUGUCGUAGUGAACUCCAAAUCAUUCAGCAUCUGUUGCCAGGUUCGAGUACUUCAUGAUCCCCUGCACCUUGGACUUUGUUAGUGUGUUGUUGUACUUUAGAAAAAAGACUUUACAUCCUUGAAAUGGAUGUUGAUAGCUUUUCCCUAGUACUGACUCAGGAAGAAAGAAGUGUCCAAGGACAUGUCUUUCUUCUGGUUUUGUGAGACAAUAGGGAGGAGGUUUUUCCGCACCUGACGACAUCAUCACUUGUACGCUUCCCCUGAGAGCUCACAGAAUCAGUGGCUUAGUCCAUCCUUUGCAUUUUAAAGGAAUUUGUUGGUCUGGAUGCAGUAUACUGCGGUCUCAUCAGACCACAUUCAUGUUCAAGCAGUCCCCAGUUAUUGGCGGGGGUUCCGUCCUCGGUGGAGUGCUCUCUUAUGGCACAGAGUUUUUGGGAAUGGUGCUGAUAACCAGUUAACAGCACCUCUGUUAGGUAUGUUGUGGUGCCAUAACUCUAUUAUCAGUAUCUUAUGGCGGCGAUAACCAAAACUCGGCGCUAGACAAGUGCCAUAGAACCAUAUCGCCAUUAACUGAGACCGCUGAUAACCGGGGACUGCUUGUAUUCCUACCUUUGGGUAUUGCCCACAAGUCCUUGGAACCCCUUUUCCUUAGGAUGUGUUUUGGCUGCUCAACAAGUUUUUUUUGUUCUCGGCUCCUUUAACAGGACCAGUAGCAUCUCACUAAAGGUGUGGUUCUGGAUGUGAGAAGCAUUAUGAGUGUGACUGUUCUCUCCUCCUCCUCCUCCUUCCACAUCUCUCUACUUCUCUUCUUUUGGGCAGAGAAUAGGACUCGAACUUACACUUGCUGGAACUGGCAUCUGAUGCAGUAAGUCUAAAUAUCAAGCACCCUUCCUAUUUUCUUUAUAUAGAAUAAUUAUACAAACCCUUUUCGAGUCUGCCUUACUGCCUCCAACUAUUAAGAUUCUUCCUAGCCUUUUUUCGUAUGAGUUGUGAUUUCUCACUCAAUUGAAAAGCUCCAGAAGUCGACAUUUGAUCUUGCAGUUCCUCUACUCAAAUCAAUGUGUCAGAGGUAGGUUACUCCUCGCUCUUUCAACUGGGAGUAGUAUCCCAGGAGUGAAGAAUUCCAAUCAGUUCAAAGAGACUCACUCAGAUUCCUCCUUCCAAACAGUGAGCCUUCAUAAUGUCAAGGGCUGAAGGUUUGUAUAUUGUGUAGAAACAAAUGAUAAUAUUUAAAAGUAAAUUGUAUUUUUCCUAAGUAUACAAACCUGAGGUCCUUUACACAUUAACCCUUUAACGCCAAUUGGACAUAUUAAACGUCGAUAUAAAUUGUCUGUUGGGUGCCGAUUAGACGUAUGGUACGUCAAUAUAAAAAAGUUUUUUCAAAAAUUCGUGGAAAAAUAGUUAUAGACCUACUAGGCGAAAACUUUUGAAUCACGCGCCUUGGGGGAUGCUGGGAGCUCACGGAUCAAGGCAUUGUUUUGUUUACAAUCGUUACCCAGGCGUGCAAGCGCGAAUUUCUUUCUUCUUGCACUAAAAAGCAUCAGCGACACAUCUCGGAAAUUAUUUUGUCACUCUGACAUCAUUUUUGCACCAUUUUAUAUUAGCCGUUACAUGGAGUAUUAUAUAUGAAAAUGUGUGCAAUUUCAUGUAGAAUACAGCUAAAAACAACUCAUGGUUGUAGCUUUUAUCAGUUUUGAAAUAUUUUCAUAUAAAUAACGAUAAGGGCCAAAAUUUCAACCUUCGGUCAACUUUGACUCAACCGAAAUGGUAGAAAAACACAAUUGUAAGCUAAAACUCUUAUAUUCUAGUAAUAUUCAAUCAUUUACCUUCAUUUUGCAACAAAUUGGAAGUCUCGAGCACAAUAUUUUGAUUUAUGGUGAUUUUAUGAAAAUAACUUUUUCCUUACAUCGGCGCGGUAACUCUUCCGAAAAAAUCAUAAAUUUUUUCGUCAGAUUGUUGUAAUGUUUGCACCAUUUUAAAUUAGCCGUUACAUAAUGUUUUAUAUAUGAAAAUGUGCACAAUUUCAUGUAGAAUACAACUAAAAACAACCCAUAGUUGUAGAUUUUAUCAGUUUUGAAAUAUUUUCAUAUAAAUAACGAUAAGUGCCAAAAUAUCAACCUUCGGUCAACUUUGACUCGACCGAAAUGGUCAAAAAAUGCAAUUGUAAGCUAAAACUCUUACAUUCUAGUAAUAUUCAGUCAUUUACCUUUAUUUUGCAACAAAUUGGAAGUCUCUAGCACAAUAUGUCGAUUUAUGAUAAUUUAUGAAAAAAAAACAUUUUCCUUAUGUCCGCGCAGUAACUUCCAAAAAAAAUCAUACAUUUUUUCGUGCGAUUGUCGUAAUGUUUGCACCAUUUUGAAUUAGCCGUUAAAUAAAGUUUUAUAUAUAAAAAUGUGCGCAAUUUUACGUAGAAUACAACCAAAAACAACCCAUGGUUGUAGCUUUUAUCAGUUUUGAAAUAUUUUCAUAUAAAUAACGAUAAGUGCCAAAAUUUCAACCUUCGGUCAACUUUGACUCUACCGAAAUGGUAAAAAAACGCAAUUGUAAGCUAAAACUAUUACAUUCUAGUAAUAUUUCAUCAAUUACCUUUAUUUUGCAACAAAUUGGAAGUCUCUAACAAAAUAUUUCGAUUUGUGGUGAAUUUAUGAAAUAAACUUUUUCCUUACGUCCGCGCGGUAACUUUUCCGACGUCCGAUUGUCGUAAUGUUUGCACCAUUUUAAAUUAGCCGUUACAUAAAGUUUUAUAUACGAAAAUGUGCGCUUUCAUGUAGAAUACAACCAAAAACAACCCAUGGUUGUAGCUUUUAUCAGUUUUGAAAUAUUUUCAUAUAAAUAACGAUAAAUAGAAAAAAGUUGUCCUUUGGUCAACUUUAACUCGACCGAAAUGGUAAAAAACUGCAAUUGUAAGCUACAACACUUACAGUCUAGUAAUAUUUAAUCAAUUACCUUCAUUUUGCAACAAAGGGGAAGUCUCUAGCACAAUAUUUCAAUUUAUGGUGAAAUUUUGAAAACCGCUUAUUUUUUAUGCCCGCGUGUUACGAAUUCAUGCAUCAUUUUGUGAUAAUAUUUUGUCUGUGUUGCCUUGAUCGUUUUACAAUGUGUUAUAUACUAAAAUGAUUGCAAUUUAAUGUACAAUACAACAAAAAAUAAAUUAACUCAUUAGCUUUAACCAUUUUACUCACAGAGCGAUUUGUAUACAAUUAUAUAUGAAAUUUUUUUUUGUGCUGUCAUAUAUCCCAAUACUAUUUAUAUGUGAUAUGAGAUUUUUUUUUCAUUUCUGAUGGUUGCAUACUAAACUUCAGGCAAUGAUAAAAAAAGGAGCCAAAAAUGAACUCUUAAUCUUGAAAACUAAGCGUGCUGUGAUUUUUUGAAAAAAACAUUUUUUCCGCUUCGGCGCUCACUCGCAAAUGCCGCCGCCAUACGGGAGAUGAUUUUUAAAAUACCGCUUCGGCGUUUAAGGGUUAAGCCCACCUCAUGCCAUGCCUCAAUCUGAAACAUGGGGUGAAAGGCAAACUGGAAUGCUGAUACAUCCGGGUAGGCAGAUAUUUUUGCCUACCACCUUGUUCAAGAGUUUAGCUGCCAUUUUCCAGCAUUGCUGAAAGUAAUUCCUAAUGUAAAGGACCUCAGGGUUGUAUAGUUAGGAAAAAUAUAAUUUACUUUUAAAAAUUUUCAUGUUUUAGCUAUUUACAGUGAUUAAUGCAUAUCAUAUGUUAAAUAAAAGGUUUUAUGCAGUUUGAAUAGGGAAGAAAGCACAUUUAUCAUCUAAGUUAAUUUCAGUAACUUCUUGUGACACAUUUUAUUUUAAUGUAAUAUUUUUUCAUAUUUCUUAGCAACCCUAAGAAGUUUCAUGUUUUGUAAUUUCGAGAGAUGCCUCAUAAUCUAGCAGUAAACUUGAGAUUAGGAUUAUCAAAGAUGCUUGAUUGUAACACAUACAUUUACAUUAGGCGCAUACAUUUACAUAAGCACUGAUACCUGUACAUAUUUUAUGUGAAUGGGUAAGUUAGACAAAUUCUGAAUCCAGAUUCAUAACUGAAGAAGCAUUUUUUAUAAAUAUUCAAGUCUAUCAGGUGACAUAGGGUGAUUUGUGAUAUAUGCUCUAAGACUCAUGCCACUCCUGGGUAACUUAGAUGAAAACUUCCUCUAGACUGUUUUAUCAGUUAAGUACUAUGUUGGACAGAUUCAGUUCUUUCUGAAGCAUGUUUUUUUUCAUACUUUAGCUUGCACGAGCACAAAAUUUGCCUUGUUUGAGAUUUGGCGCAGGUACAAAUGUCAUUUGGCUUGGGGAUGACGAUUUGUAUUUGGAUAAAGCCUUGGAAGUUAUUGCUGAUUAACUCUGUUUUGUUUUUCUGAAAUUUGGCAUUCAGUAUAACACACUCCUAGGCUUUGUCUUCUGAAUGCUUUUGGGAGCAUGACAAAUUAAAAUUCUUAGCUUGACUAAAAUUUAUUUUUAUAUAAGUUACUUAUUAAUGUUUGUAACUCACACAGCAACUUAAAUAUUGAAAUUCACUAUAGUUCAUUUAUUAUUUUAGUGUAGGUGACGAACCCAGCCCACUUCCAGGGGAGAAUAAGUAUAACACAGCUGAAGAGUUCAAUUCAUUUCUGCCGGUUAACGACUGAACUUCAGUUGUCUUGAGCAGCUUUAUUUUGAAUUUUGGUCUCCAGAGGGUUGUACUUGUUCUCCAUUUGGUGAAGUAUUCAUUAUUUUGGUGGCCUUCAUGCUCUUUCUAGAUAGCUUAGGUUUAUUUAGACCUGUUUUUCACUGAUUAUAACAUUAUUCCUGACUAUGUCUUGACUCUAGUGCUUCUAGUAAUUGUUUUUGCAGCAAAGGCUGCAAAACUAGAUUGAUGAAAACCUCCUAUGAUUUACACACAAUCUGUAGUAACUGUAGAGGACAGAAUUACUCAAUUGAUUUGACUUGUAUUGAAUGCUGGGACUGGGACCAGGGGAAAUGGAAGACUUUGAAAGCCCAUUUAGAUCAACUUGAAAGAGGCAGAAAAAGAAAGGCGGCUGCUAGAGCAAAGCUGGAAGCUUAUCUAGCUUAGAUUACACUCCUGAAUUGGAUGUAGCCAAUUUACCUGUUCCGUCAUCUCCUUUAACUGAUUUUCCCUCAUUAACCAGCCCCUUACUAUUCCACACACUCCUUUACCUGGCUCCCAUGCUUCCUACCCUAAUGCCAUUGCCAGUCUCAAAGUGUGUGUUGACCAGAUAUUUGGUCUCAUAAUUAACACCAUGGCUCAGUUAGUGGCAUCCUUUAAGGUUCUUAUGGACAAAGUGUGUGUUAAAAGUGCAAGUGCAAAUUAUAGUUUCAGUGGAGGAGAUGGCUACUCAUCCUGCUGAAGCUCUUAGGGAAAGGUCACUGUCAGACUCUCCUAAACCUAGGAGAAGGCAGGGAAAGGUCACUGUCAGACUCCCCUAAACCUAGGAGAAGGCAUACUGUAAGUCCAAGGGAAGUCAUUGGGGAUUGCCCCCGGGUAGUCGCCUCCCCCCUCCCCCAGUUGAGCCUGUUGACUGGUCCCAGGUCUCGGUGGACAGCCAUUGGAAAGGCAUCCGUAAGGAUAUACAUGAGCUUUUUUUUACAGUGCUUUGGAUUCCAGUCUGGAUAAGAGGCACAGAUGGCUCUUCUCUGAUGGAUCUCGACAUUUGAAGAGACGCAUAGUGGUUGCAGACUGCUGUUCUCCGCCUCCCUGCAAGCGACUCAGGACCCUGGGUGUAGUCCUUAGCUGUCCUGUAGUUUCUGGGACAUCCCAGAAUGUUUUCCUCCAAGCGUCCAGUGGAAGAGCGCCAGUAUUUUGCACCCAAGCGUCUAUCCAGUUCCCAAAAGUGCCCAUCGUCUAGGCUCCCAGUAGAUCCUGAACGCCACCAGCUCCCAUAUACCCAGCGCCAGUUUCUGAGAACUCAGCGCAACCUCCUGUACGCUCAGCCCCAGCCCCCAGUGCCACACUCCAAGUGUCCGGCGCCACCUCUUCAGUUGCCUACUGCAAUUGCUCCCUCUCCCAUGGAGCAUGAUCCUUUGCUGGAGCCAUUCAGCGCCAAGUCGAUGACAUUAUGGGCCUUCUUGAGGCCACCUACAGCACCAAAGGACCCUCUGGACAUGCUUCCGAUUUCUUGAGAUAACGAGGUGCUCGACCAGGCACCUGCUCCCACAGCUUAAGCAGUUCACCUCAUAUAUUUUUCAGUCACUUUUCCGUCUUUCCAGCUGCCUGGGCUUCUCCUGCCUCUGCAUUUUAGAUUAGGAACCAGCCUGUUGAGAGUUUCAGGCUUCCUAAGAUGGUUCUGUCCUCAUCCAAGGAAAGCCUUGAAAGAGAUUCGAGAGUGGCUUUUGGAGAAGAGGGAUUAGGGUAGGCAGUCUUCUGUGCUCCUCCCUCUCAUCCUUCACACAGGAGAUAUCUCUCUCAUGCCACUGGAGAAGUUUCUUUUUGGGGUCACCUCCUCCCAAGGGGACUUCUCUAGGCUAUGGAUUCAUCUCUAAAGUCAUCCUUCACGUUGGCCAAGAUCAUGCUCUCAUCUAUGGAGCUAGACCAUUUAGUGAAGAAGGUUUUUAAAGUUUUUGAAGUACUUUAACAAUGUUUUUAUAAAAAAAAAUUUCUACUGUAUGAACAUUUGCACAAUCCAUAUUUUAUUUAUGCUUGUAAAUACUCUCCUGUCUAUAUACCAAACAGGUAAAAAUCUGAUACUAAUACAUAAUUUUAUCUAGUGAAAACAACCAGGCUCUUCAGUAAACUUGAUUUUACUACCUGACACAAAGAAACAUCCUCUCCAUGGGCAUUUUGACUUUCAGAGAAGUGGUAUACUCUCAGGUCCUCAAGAGUCAAGACACUUCACCAGCAAGUGUCGUACUGUGAAAGGUUCAAAGUAUUAUGUACUGUAUUACAGAAUUACUAAAAACAGAGAAAAUCACCUUCAGAAGCCUGUGAUGUGCAUGUGUGACCAAAUUUUAGUUGGUAAAGGACAGCUUUUCCUUUAUGGAAAAGCUGAUUUGCUAAUAUCUGACAUUUUCUGCCUAAACUGUACUUUAGCAUAAGGUUUUCCAGCCAUUCAUGAAUUUUGUUAAUAAGACAGUCACCGGUUAUCAUCAGACUUGGUUAAUGGCGGUCCGGUUUUAUGGUGCUUUUCUAGUGCCAUAAAAUCGCCGAAUUAUUAUGGUGCCAUAAUGCACCAAGUUAUCGGUGUGGCACCAUAGCAUACGUAACAGAGGCACCAUUAACUGGUUAUUGGGGCCAUAAGUGCCAUAAGUCGCAGAGUUUCGGUUAAUGGCGGUUUUCGCUUAUCUGCACCCCGCUGAGAACAGUACCCCCGCCGAUAACCGGGGACUGCCUGUACCCGGAGUGGCGCCCUAAAAUGGUUAAGAGAUAUGUUUUUUGUGCAGGUUGAGUUUAGUCUUUGCCUAUCCAGUGUGUGUUGGUAUGAGAAGGUAACUAGGGAAUUACAAAUGUCUCCUCACAAGUCCGUUUAGUGACCACUGUAUAUUUUAUAUGGGGAGCCACCAGAAAAGAGUGCUGAUGAAACCAGAGAUUGGUAGUUGACAGACUCCAUUCAAAAGGUUUCUUAAUAGUUACAAGUCCCACCUUACAUCCAUCAGACUUUUUCUGAGGUUGGAACUUUGUUUGGCCACCUUUUGCUGCCAUUUGUCUCUUCCUAGAGCAUUCAAACCAGAAUAGGGAAGGACUUAGUAGAUUCCUUGUGCAUAUAGCCCAGUUUUUCCAGAUGACACUGGAAAUGAAGUCUGGGCCUGUUACAGGUUAGGCUCAUACUGAGCUGCUCUCAAGUCAGUAAUUGCUAACAUGUUUCCACAGUCUGGAAGUGGAUCGGUUUGCCACAUGCGAGAACCAUCAACUACCAGUGUAUGUAUCUCUGAACCUGGACAUUCAGGCAGUAGCAAGACAAGAGAUGUGAAUUUCUGGUGAUAGAAGUUCACUCUCGACGUGGUUCGGAAGUCAUGUAAAGCCAUUGGUCUCGUUGCUGAAUAACUACUGGUUCCAUGCAACGUAAAAACACCAUACAAACAAACAAACAAACAAAGACAAGCAUUCCUACAGGACUGGAACAAACAGAACCAUUUGCCUUGUAGCCUGAAGCAGCCAAAUUGUAAUUGGAUCCUUGUUUCUUCCACAAUGGGCUAAAGAAUAAUUAUACUAUUGCUGCCUGUUGUUCUAUCCCAGACAGGUGGAAUUUUAAAUCUAGUCCACUGUGAAGAUUAUUUACCUAAUAUUGCUAGGUACCUAGUGCAAACUAUGGUAUUCAACAUACCAGUCCUUAUUGGAAUGUGGUUACAUUACCCCCUACACUUAUAGCUAUGGUGAAUCUGGUAAAAUAUUUUUACAUUUUAUUAACUUUUGAGGUCAAGCACCUUGCUGUUUCAAUAAUCAUGGCAUACAAGCCAGCAUUGGCAAAACACCUGUGUUAUGUUUUGAAAUUUAUUCUAAUAAUAGAAAUUGUUAAUUCACAUUCUCCAGUCUUUUUCACUGUAAAGGUUAACUUUUAAAAGGUUUCCCAUUACCUGGUCCCUGAAUAAGGGUCUUAGACUUCUGUCAUCUGCUUGAUUCAUGUGUCACAAAAGUCAGUCUUCGUGUUUGCUUUGUCAUCAGGUGUUUGGAUUACCCUACUUGGCUCUCUUACACAGACAACAUUUCACCACUCAUAUACCUAAGUAUCAUAUGCUGUUGUUUCCUGGCCUAUCAUUCCUGGCCAAGAAUGAGGCCUGUUAUAAGGAGAAAAUCCCCUUUUCUGAUAAAGGAACUCGGUAUUAGCACCUGAUAUAAAAUAUUAUGCCUGGUUCAUGCACUUUAAAAUUUGCCUAGGUGUCACAGCAAACAUCCCAGAUGGUCCUAUUUUUCCUGCACCCUAGUACCAACAAACAUGAGCUGAGAAUGAUUUUAGUGGCCCUAUUAAAAGGCCAAUCCUCUGUUUUCAUAUGUCACAUGCCAUCCAAAAGGCGAGUACAUCAUUAACUUUCUUCGGAAAUGUUUCCUUUGAAGAAGUCUUUGAGUGUACAAAGUGGUUAUUAAUUAUUGACAGCAGUAUUCUUGAACUGGUGAAGGAGCAAUAUUCCUGCAACCAGACCUGGCAUAAUUAGGUAAGUCACUGCAAUGGGUAAUACAUUUAAAUGUUCAUGUGUCUCCUGUUCUCUAUUGCCAGACCCGAAUGAGUAUCCAGAAUGAAGACUGAUAACCUAUGAUUUUUACCUUACAUAAAAAAUUCUUGAAACACCUAUGCCAUGAGAGUGGUGGUCAUGCUGAGAUAUUGUUAGGGAAGGCACAGUAAUCCUGCAGCCAGACCCAACAUAAUUAGGUAAGCAACCUUCAAACCACAAGAAUAAUUACAUAUUGGCUCGUGUGUUGUUCCCUGUUCCUUAUUGCCAAGCCAUAUGGGUAUCUGGAAUAAAGAAAAUGGUUAAUAACCUGUGACUAUACCUUGGACCAAAAAUUAAUUUGGGUUAUUGGGAUUUAUUUAUUAGGAGCUAAGCCAUUUUGUCUCUUGUCAAUUUCUUUGUAAGUUCCCUUGAGGACGAACAGCAGCUACAUAAUAAAAAAAACAAUUUUGAUGCAGGAAAAAUCCAUUUUUGGUAGCCAUUGUAAGUCCUCAAACCCACACACUUCCCCUGAUGAAAAGGCAUGGGACUGGGAUGAACACAUUUAUCUUACACAGACGGGGCAUGUAAUAAAGAUGGCAUCAACUUCUCACAUCUGUACAAGUAUAAUGCAGAGCCUAGGUAACCAUUUUAGGGUCCUUUAUGCCAAUAAUCACUAUUCUGGUUGCGACCAAUUUUAAGGGAAUUCUUUGUACGUAGUUGGUAUGUCUGUCGUCUUAUGGAGCCCCGGGGGUGACCAUGAGAAAGUAACUCCUUUGAGGACUAACAGCGGCUACCAAAAAUAGGUUUUUCCUUUGUCAAAACCUGUUUUAUACGCUGGAAGCACAUGUUCACCGUCACCUGGGAGAAUGGUGAAUUGUAGCCAAAUAUUUUGAUUCUGUUUUUGUGGUUAUAAUAAAAUGUUCAUUUCCUCCACACUUAUUGAUCAUUGCCACAGUACAUUUUUUUUCAUUUCACUGAUGUUAAGAAUUUUACUGGGAGUCAGGACUUGGAGUAUGCACAAAGUACAGGCGGUCCCCGGGUUACGACGGUUCCGGCUUACGACGUUCCGAGGUUACGACGCUUUUUCUUAAAUAUUCAAUGGAAAAAUCCGUCCUGGGUUACGACGCUUGUUCCGAGGUUACGACGCUGACGCUUCCGACGCUCCGAGUUAACGACGCUUUUAAAAAACGCAUACUAUGAUAAAAAUCCUUUAUAGUUUAGCACAGUAUAUUAAUAAAAAUAAGUUUCUGGUUAGAUUACAACAAAAAUUUUGAGAUUAUGAUGAUUUUCGACACUUUUUAUGUUGUAUUUUUCUAUGUUUUUUAGUGACGCCUCAUAUGCGGAACUAGUUUCCGAGCGAAUGAAUACAUUCUAGUUUACAUAUAACAGUCCAAAAGCGCAAAUAAUGAAAAAAUCAUUGCUUGUUUCCAGUAAUAAUAACAAAACGAAGUUUCUGGUUAGAUUACAACGCAAAUUCCAAGUAUCCAAAGAGAGACAUUAUCCAGUAA